GACGGUAUCUGGGUUGUAGCCAUUUUCAGUUUUCCGGAAAAUUUUAUUAUUCUACUUUCAUUUACUCGACAUAUUUCGCAACAACAACAGCUGAAUUUGGUUUUGUGAUGGAUUAGUUUGUACAAGAAAAGUGUAGAAAAGAACAAAAGAUACAGCAAUAUGGCAGGAUUACCCGGUCAGGGAUUUCAGCCGGGCUCAGCAGCCGCCCCAUCAUCACAAGUGGAGAUCAGUGUUUCAUGCAGAAAUUUAAGGGACAAGGAUGCAUUCUCUAAAUCAGAUCCAAUGUGUGUAUUGUACGCCUGGGACAUCAAAGGAAGCUCAUUUCAUGAGUUUGGAAGAACAGAGAUGAUUAAAGAUACCUUAAAUCCUGAUUUUGUGAAAAAGUUUACCAUGAGUUAUUUCUUCGAAGAAUCUCAAAAACUGAAGUUUGAAAUAUAUGAUGUAGACUCACCUGCUGCAAGACUCACAGCGCAUGAUUUCCUUGGUCGGAUGGAAUGCACACUUGGUGAAAUAGUAGGUUGCGGUAGUGGACGUAUAGAAAAGAAACUUCUGGGAAUACAGGGUACAGCAAAAAUAUUUGUAAGGGCUGAGGAAUUAAGUUCAUCCAAGGAAACUGUGUACAUGCAGAUGAGGGCAUCAGGUUUAGAUAAGAAAGAUUUCCUUGGCAAAUCAGAUCCAUUUCUGCUAUUUUACCGAGCAAACGGAGAUGGAAGCUAUACAGUUGUACAUAAGACAGAAGUAAUCAAAAAUACACUAAAUCCAACUUGGAAACCAUUUUCUGUAACAGCAAGGACAUUGUGCAAUGGAGAUCAUGAUAGAACUAUAAAAAUAGAAUGCUAUGACUGGGACUCUGAUGGAAGCAGUCAUGAUCUGAUUGGAGAAUUUUCCACAAACUUAAAAGAACUAGCCAAAGCACCUGCCUCAAAUACUAUAUAUCAAGUCAUUAACCCAAAGAAAAAGGCAAAGAAGAGGAAUUACAAAAAUUCCGGGGAAUUAAUGGUUAUGAAUUGUAAAGUAGAAAUUGUACCAUCUUUCCUGGAUUACCUUCAGGGAGGAGUGGAAAUGAAUUUUACAGUGGCAAUAGAUUUCACAGCAUCCAAUGGCAACCCAUCACAGCCUAAUUCCUUACAUUACUAUGACCCAUAUAAACAGAACCAGUAUGCCUCUGCCAUUCAAGCUGUCGGCGAAAUAAUACAGGACUAUGAUUCAGAUAAAAUGUUUCCUGUAUUAGGAUUUGGUGCUAGGUUACCAGAUGGUUCAGUGUCACAUGAAUUUCCAUGUAAUUUCAGCCCUAACAAUCCAUACUGUGCUGGUAUACAGGGUGUGCUACAAGCUUACUACACUUCAUUGAAACAAGUUCAGCUUUAUGGACCAACAAAUUUCUCACCAGUCAUUAAUCAUGUUAUGAGAUUUGCUUCGGCAAAACAAGAUGGUUCAAGUUAUUUUGUUCUGCUUAUCAUUACUGAUGGAGUCAUCACAGAUAUGCCACAGACCAUACACUCCAUAGUCAAUGCAUCCCAUUUACCCAUGUCUAUCAUCAUAGUGGGAGUUGGCAAUGCUGAAUUUGAUGCCAUGGAUGUUCUGGAUGCAGAUGGGAAGAGACUAGGUAUAGAUAAUAGAUAUGCUGAGAGGGAUAUUGUGCAAUUUGUUCCAUUCCGAGAUUUUAUGAGGGGAGCAUACGGAAGUAACCAGAGCCUAAUGCAAGCUGCUCUCGCUAAGUCAGUCCUCGCAGAAAUACCAGAUCAAGUUAUUCAUUACAUGAAGAAAAAAGGUAUAAAACCUAAACCCCAGAGACCUCAGCGACCAAUGGCUCCUGCCACAGCAGGUACACAACCAGUUGGUCAACAAGGUCAGGGCCCCUAUCCUGGGGCUCAGCCGGGCGGACAAGGAUACCCGCAGGGACCACCUCAGCAAGGAGGACUGGGAUACCCACAGGGACCACCACAGCAGAUGGGUCAGCAAGGUCCAGGAUAUCCACAAGGGGGACCAUAUGGAGGACAGCCUGCAGGUCAACAGGGUCAAGGUUACCCUACAGGAGGCCAACAAGGGGGACAAUCUGGUCAGCCUCAGGGGACAGGUGCUCCACCAUAUCCUCAAGGUGGAAGUCAAGCCCCAUAUCCCCAGAGUGGUGUAGGUGCUCCACCAUACUCUCAGGGUGGGGGUCAAGCCCCAUACCCACAAGGAACUACAGGUGCACCACCAUACCCUCAGAGUUCAGGUCAAGCUCCAUAUCCCCAGGGCAGUGCAGGCGCACCACCAUACCCUCAGGGGGCAGGUCAAGCUCCCUAUCCCCAGGGCAGUGCAGGUGCACCUCCUUAUCCUCAGGGGGCAGGUCAGGCCCCAUAUCCCCAAGGGAGUGCAGGCGCUCCACCAUACCCUCAAGGUGGGAGUCAAGCCCAACAGGGGUCUGCACCUUACCCCACAGGACCACCAGGUCCACCUCAAAGGCCCCCACCUACAUACCAGAGUGCUCAGCAAAAAUAAACAUCUUCCAGUCACAGAACUUUCAAUUAGUCAUCAGUCAGCUUGAAGGAAAAGAAGAGGUUAAGAUAUUAUUACACACUCGUUCUUUAGUAGUAUAAUACUGUGCUCCUGAAGUCACGCUGAUUUUUGCUGCAGAACUAGUGCAUAUUUCCAAUAGAGUGCGUAUAACUUAUAAUUAUUUAACCUUUUGGUGCUUGGAUUGGACUGGGAUAAAAGAAAUCACGGGUCUAAGUGAAAUUCAAUUUAGCAGAAGGUGUUAAAACUUUAAUAUCUGUGUACAUUGGUAUGUUAGCACAUUAGAUGGAUGUAUAGUUAAUUCUCAAAAAAAAAAAGUUAUUUAUCAAGAUUUAUAAAGAAUAUUUAAUAAUGUAUACUUUAUGUACAAAACACUCAAUUGUAAUACUUGUACUGCAUGUUUUUCAGUGGGUUAUUGAAAUGUUACAGUAAUUUCAUAGAAUUUUUUUUUUUUUACUUAUAUAUUUAAUUGAUAUAUCUUUUACUCAUCAACACAAGAUCUUACAUUUUUGCAAGUGGCUUAACAAUGAUAUCAGGUGUAAACAUACUUAUAUAAACUGGCCAUAUAUUUCUGCACUUUAAGCGCUCUGGCAGGGUUGCACCAAAUUGAUAUUCCACUGAUGUAUGUACCACUACAGUCUAACCUGUACUAACGGUCACCUCUGAUCAGCGGUCACCUGUGUUCAGCGGCCAUUUUAUGACGCCCCCGACGGAUUUUCCUCUAUUUUAUCACUUUAUUCAGCGGCCACCUGUCGUCCGCGGCCAGCCACCAAAAUUGCCUCCCGAUCACCAUAUUUGACCCCUUUCAGCGGCCAUUUUUCUUCCAAAACCAAUUAUUUUUAGGCAAUAAUCGCCGAAGAUACCCGAUUUUUGAGAAACACAUGAUUGCUAAGUUUAAAUAUAUAAACCGCUCGAUCUUUUACGGAACGUAACAGCAAUGUUAAAUUUUAGCGUAGACAAUAAGCGCGGAGAGUAGCUUCCCUUACCAAAACGGCGAAAACUGUAAACAAACUUCUUUUGAAGUUGGAAAAUUGUCUGUAACAACUUUUGUUGUAAAAAAAAAAAGCAUGCCGUAGUUUUAGAUUGCUAAGAAGACCAUUCAUAUUGCGAAGGCAAAUGCACGUCAUUGUAUCAAGGUAAAAUAAUAAUGGAAAACCCAAAAAGAAUUUGGCCUAAAGGCUAAACUGGUCAGAAGUCUGAAAAUACAUAUAUUGGCUGCACCUCCGAUCAGCGGUCACCUGGCUUAAGCGGCCAAAUUGUCUGCUUCCCUUGGCUGGCUGCUUAAGACAGGUUAGACUGUACUUGCCAUUUGUAGGAUUUCUCUUUUCCUUUAUUGUUAGUGUAAUUAUGUCUCCCCCAGGAGACAUAUUGUUUUUGCCCUGUCCGUCCGUCCUUCCGUCCGUACGUCACACUUCAUUUCCGAGCAAUAACUGGAGAACCAUUUGACCUAGAACCUUCAAACUUCAUAGGGUUGUAGGGCAGCUGGAGUAGACGACCCCUAUUGUUUUUGGGGUCACUCCGUCAAAGGUCAAGGUCACAGGGGCCUGAACAUUGAAAACCAUUUCCAAUCAAUAACUAGAGAACCACUUGACCCAGAAUGUUGAAACUUCAUAGGAUGAUUGGUCAUGAAGAGUAGAUGACCCCUAUUGAUUUUGGGGUCACUCCGUCAAAGGUCAAGGUCACAGGGGCCUGAACAUU